GGGCGGGGAGGCUGCUAGGCGCGCGGGAAGGCGGAAGGAGGCGCGCGGCUGGCGGCCGAGGGUUGAGCACCCGCUUCCAGCUGCGACCGAGCCCGCGCCAUGGAGGGCCCGCUGCUGUGGUUCUGCAACUGGAGCACGCUGGCCGUGUGCGCCGCGCUCAAGCUGCCGCAGAUCUACGCACAGCUGGCGGCGCGCAGCGCGCGGGGCAUCAGCCUCCCCAGUUUACUUCUGGAGCUGGCCGGGUUUCUGGUCUUCCUCCGCUACCAGUGUUACUAUGGAAACCCGCUGCUCACCUACCUGGAGUACCCCAUUCUCAUUGCACAAGAUGUCGUCCUCCUGCUCUGUGUCUUUCACUUUAACGGAAACGUGAAGCAGGCGGUACCCUACCUGGCUGUAUUUGUGUCUUCUUGGUUCAUCCUCAGCCUGCAGAAGUGGAUCAUUGACCUGGCCAUGAACUUAUGUACGUUCAUCAGCGCGGCCAGUAAGUUUGCCCAGCUCCAGUACCUGUGGAAAGUGCAAGACUCGGGGGCUGUGAGCGCGCUGACCUGGGGCCUCUCAGCGUACACCUGUGCAACAAGAAUAAUAACAACUUUAAUGACCACCAAUGAUUUUACAAUUCUUAUUCGUUUUGUGAUCAUGCUGGCUUUAAAUAUAUGGGUAACAGCCACAGUACUUCGCUACCGGAAGCCCAUCAUAAAAGCUGAAUGACGGAAACCUUAUUCCUACACACAGUGGAUUUUGAAUAACUAAAGCAAAGGAAAAAAACAGCUCAUUGCUACGCGAAGGUCUUUUAUAUAUUUAGUCAAUCAUUUCAGGAAACUUUGAAGUCAGAGGUAUUUAGGACUUCAGAGAGCACUUAAAACUUGUUAAAAAAUAAAAUGCCAAUUUCGCUGGGUGUGGUGGCACAUGCCUGUCCUUACAGCUACUCAGAAGGCUGAGGUAGGAGGAUGGCAGGUUCCAGGUCAGCCUGGGCAAUGUAGGGAGACCCUGCUUCAAAAUAAAGUUAAGAAGGGCUGGGGUGUUUCUCAGUGGUAGAGCACUUGCUUGGCAUGCGGGAGGCCCAGGGAUCAAUACCCAGGACGAGGGAGAAACGUUUUAGGUGUUCCCCUCCCGCCCUCCACUCCUGAGGUCAGUCGGGCUGACACUGCAGUGCUGAUACUGCAGUGACCCAUGGAAGAUACUCAGGCAGCCCAGUGACCCUCGCUCUUCUGGUCACGGUCACAUACUUCCUGAAAAGCCAACUACAUCUGUUUUUCAGCUUUCAGGAUCUUUUAAGCAGUAACUUCUCUCCACAACCGAAAUGAACAUGGAGUGGGGUUCUGCUCAAUCAGAAGUGAAACUGAAAUAAAUCCGCAGGGUCACUUUUUGAUUGUGGCCUUGGUUGAUGUGAGAUGCCGGGCAGUACCUGCCAGGCUGAGUGAGCCAGGAGAGCUGCGCGGGCCUCCUGGUCAACUGGCAUUCUGUGCCCACGUCCUUCGGCUGCACUGUGUCUCUGAAUAUCCUAAGGUGCUGAGAGCUGUGAUCUCCACUAGGCCAAGGAAGUGAGUCCCAAGGGGCUUCGCAAUUCAAGCACAAUGCUACCAUUUUAAAAGGGCUACACCUGUACAACUGUCAUUUUUGGGAUUGGAUGUGAGAUACCACUUUUUAGUUAUUGAAAAUAUAGCAGUAAGAGCAGUGCUGAGUUCUACCCAAAUCUUAAGGAUUUUAUUUAUAGUAUCUUAUCCUCAACAUGUUGAUUAUUGUACUCUACAUUUUCCUCUAAAACUUUCUAAACUCAAAUCCCCCUUCUAAGUGAAUGGCAUUAUUGUUAUAUGCAGUAAGUAAACAAUGUUUACUAGUACAUGUUUACUUUCCUGUGAACCUAUGCAGAAUAAACUUUCACAUUUUGAGUAAACUUU